CUAUAAUUUAAUUCUUUACCCCAAAAAAAGAGAAAGAAUAUAGUUAAAGAUUGGAGAAGUCACAGUCACCUGAACCAGUUUUUUUGCAUUGAGAUUAGCAAUGAGCCAAUCUCACGUGCACCGGUCUGGCCUUCGCUGCCACCAAUGCGCAACCGUAUCACCCACUACUUUAUUCCCAAAUUAAACCCCACCACCGCCCACCGUCCUAAUUACGCAAAAACCCCUCUCAUCUGCCGCCGUGUUCCGGUGGCCCGCUAAUCUUCAUUGGUUCUUCUCCGGCCUUUGUCUUCCUCAUUGCCAUUGCCUGAUUUUGUUUUCUGAUUUCCUUCACAUUAUUGGGUGUUUUGGCUCGCUGACCGGUCUAUUUAUUGGUCGCCGGAACCUGCGUUUGUUUGUUUGUUUUUUUUUUUAAUUAAUAUUAGGCGCCGCCCGUAUUUAUUUCUUUAUUGUUUAUUUUGUGUUUGUCUAAUAAAAGAAAAUUGGAAAAAAAGAAGACUCUACCGUUAAGAGAGCGCGUUUGUGUAAUCUUUUGGCCGUUUUUUUUAAUGGAGUGGUGGGUGGGGGCUAAUGGAUUCUGGCGCAGUACCCACGUCUCUUUCUUCCUUUCACCUUUCUCCACAUUCUGCCAUUAACCCCUUUUUCUCUCCGAUUUUGAUAUCUCUGUAAUAUCUUUAUUCUUAUUAUAUUUUGUAUUAUCUUCUCUAUAGUACACUUCCAUAACCAUUUGGUAUUGUAUCUUGAUUGAUUGAUUAAUCCAUACCACAUUUUUCAGUUGGGUUGGAGUUUGAUAUUUCACGAGUUUUUUGUCUUACCCAGCUGGAAAAGUUUUACAACGUUUCUUUUGUUCGGUUUCUGUUUUCACACCCAAGCAUUUGACAAAAAAGAUAAGCAGCUUCCUUUAUUCUUUUGGGAUUCAUUUCCUUUUUGUCUGGUUACCAAUCAGAAAAGAAAAAAGAUUGUAUCUUUCUUGGUGUUCGGAUAAAAAUUCAUACCACUUUUUUUGCCACAAAGAUGUCAACGUUUAGAACUCUGUAUAGCUUAUUUGUGCUAGUAAUGGUUGGGAUCUGGGCUAAGAAUGCUGAAGGCCUUGGUGUGAACUGGGGUACGCAGGCAAGUCACAGGUUGCCUCCUAAGGUGGUUGUACAAAUGCUGAAAGACAAUGGAAUUACCAAAGUGAAGCUGUUUGAUGCUGAUGCAUCCACCAUGAGUGCUUUGGCUGGCUCCAAUAUUGAAGUUAUGGUGGCUAUUCCUAACGAUCAGCUUGAGACUAUGAAUGACUACGAUCGAGCUAAGAGCUGGGUCAAGAAGAAUGUAACUGUCUAUAUGUUCAAUGGAGGUGUCAACAUCAAAUAUGUAGCAGUUGGUAAUGAACCUUUCCUUGCAUCUUACAACAACUCUUUUAUCAACACAACUUUUCCUGCUCUUCGGAAUAUUCAAAAUGCCCUUAAUGAUGCUGGGUGGGGGGAUAGUAUAAAGGCAACUGUGCCGUUAAAUGCCGAUGUCUACUUUUCCCCGGAAUCCAAUCCUGUUCCAUCUGCUGGAAGAUUUAGGGAAGACAUUAGUGGGCAAAUGACACAGAUUGUUCAGUUCCUGAACCAGAACAAUGCACCAUUUACAGUAAAUAUAUACCCUUUCUUGAGUCUAUAUUUGAAUGCACACUUCCCUUUUGAUUAUGCCUUCUUUGAUGGGGUAAGCAAUCCAAUAGUUGAUAAUGGAACUCCAUAUAUCAAUGUUUUCGAUGCCAACUUUGACACCUUGGUUUCAGCACUCAAGGCAUUGGGUUAUGGCAACAUGAACAUCUUGGUCGGAGAGGUUGGAUGGCCAACUGAAGGUGAUAUUAAUGCAAAUGUAGGUCUUGCAAAUAGGUUCUAUAGGGGUCUUCUACCACGACUUGCUGCCAAUAAAGGAACCCCUCUCAGGCCUGGUUAUAUAGAGGUUUACUUGUUUGGGCUUCUAGAUGAAGAUCAAAAAAGCAUUGCUCCUGGAAAUUUCGAGCGCCACUGGGGAAUUUUCAGGUAUGAUGGUCAGCCCAAGUUUCCCAUGGAUCUUUCAGGUCAGUUGCAAGACAAGUAUCUUGUGGGAGCGCAGAAUGUGCAGUAUCUUCCUAACAAGUGGUGCCAGUUCAACCCUGAGGCAAAGGAUUUGAGCAAGCUUGCAGAUAACAUCAAUUAUGCUUGCACAUUCUCGGAUUGCACCGCGCUCGGGUAUGGUUCUUCUUGCAAUGGUUUGGAUGUUAAUGCUAACGCGUCCUACGCAUUCAACAUGUAUUUCCAAGUCCAGAAUCAAGAUGAGAUGAGCUGUAACUUCCAAGGUCUGGCCAGAAUGACUGAACAGAACAUAUCUCAAGGGACCUGCAACUUCACCAUUCAAAUCAAAACUUCCUAUUCGGUAAAAUUGUUACCCAUGGCUGGGAUAUAUUUUUCUGCAACCAUUCUUUUAUUACUAGUGAGCAUCAUUGUGUAGAUACCUUAGCGCAGCACUUGUUCUGUUCCUCAUACGACAUUCAUUUGAAUUGAGGGUAAUGAUUGUGUAUUGUAUUGGUGGCGGGCAGAUUCUUCUGAGAGGAUUGGAUAGAAUAAUUAAAAGUCCAAAGGGUGUCAUUGGAAUUUUUUUUUAUAUUUGCAUUCUGUGUUUAUUACAGCUUCCGAAGUAUAAUAUGCCAAUCAAUGAUAUACGGAGCAAUCAAUUUUAGUCAAUUGCUAUGAGUUUUGUCCUUUUUGGUACUAUUUGUAGAUUGUAUAUUAUUGUCAAGAAAACAAAUGCCAC